AUGAGCAUCACGGUGAGGUGGCCAGUGGGACCCAAUGACCUCUCGUUUCGCACCGAAUCCGCGACCAGCUUGAUUUACAAAGGCGGAAGGUCGCUGCCCGAGACCAAGUUCUACGACGGAUUCACAGCUUUCAAUCCCAACCUAUUCGGGACGCAAGAUGAAUAUAUUCACGCCGUUAGGUGUCUCCAGAUGGCCCACUCAUUCUCGUUGCAAUCUAUCAAAGUGAUGGAGCCUUUCAUCGAUAGACACAUCAAAUUAUUACGCAAGAACCAAGACCAAGCUGCCGACUCGGGUGUCGUCAUAAACUUUAAGGAGCUGAUCACAUACUGCGUCUUCGAGGUUCUUGGAGACUUGGCGUUUAGCCAAAGUUUUGACUCUCAGAAGAUUCAAGACCACACAACAAAUUACCGCCAGUCAACGAUCACAUUUAUCUAG